GUUCGUCCGGAGCGGUCGUGUGAGCGCUACCCCUGGGCGAAACGUCGGCAGUCGCGCCGGCGCCGUGCUCGGCGAUGGACCACGACGAGGACCGGUCCUUGUCCCUCGGGACUGAGGUGUCGGCCUCCGCGCCCCCGCCGAGUCCUCUUACGGGAUGCUACCUGCUGGCCGUCAUCGGCGAGCCGCACACGCAUGAGCACAAGGAGAUUAUUCUGCAGCGCCUCGUCAAAGGGCUGCUAUCAUGGGACUCUGGAGAGCACCAGGUGGAUCUGGAGAAGGAGCUGGCCACCCUCGCGGAGCAGGCACCCGAGGGGGAAGAGGCCAGAUAUGGAGAGCGACUGAUUCAAUACGCAUCAGAGAACCUGGUGACAGAGAUCCUGAUACACCCUCAGAUGAACACGCUGAUGCAGUGCAUGCGCAACCUGCUCAGCUCUUUCACACGGCACCGACACCUGGUGCAUGCUGGUUAUACCUUCGCCGGGAACGGCUCCUGGAUUAUGCAGGACGGGACAUUCUCCCUCGCUGAUUUUACUGACGCUUACCAAGAGAAUGAAGUACAGCGCGUGAUUCGCGCCUACGAGAAUUCCAUAUCGAUAACUAUUCACUGCGCUGCCGCCGGUGAUUGGGCCAAGCUGCCGCAGAUGCCCUUUGUCAAGCACUGCAAGAUUACAGUAAACCCCACUGAUAUACUCGACUCUGGCUCUAAAGCCAUCAAGGAUUUUACUACUUACCUGGAACCUUACAUAGUGCCAGCAAGCCUCGAGCAGCUGCUGGUCUCAAGCGAUGUGGUUGGAAACAUCCGUUUCAGCCACCCCACACUGUACGUCUUCCCCGGAGGACAGGGCGAUGCUGCGCUCUUCGGAAUUAAUGGAUUCAACAUGUUAGUGGAUGGUGGGUUCUCGCGUAAGGCGUGCUGGUGGGAUUUCGCCCGGCACUUGGACCGGCUGGACGCUGUGCUGCUGACGCGGCUGAAUAACUGCUCGGCUGCCGGCAUGGCUGCCGUACUGCGCCGCAAGGCUACCGCCAAUGUGUACCCUCAGAUUGGACACUUCUUCUGCAACCUAGAAGAGCGACGAGCUGUGACAAGUCCCGAUGGUGACAAGGACACCGAUCCCCUACUUGUGUCCCUUUUGCAAGAGGGAUCCGACAUGAUGGCAGACCUACGACAUAUUAAUCUGAAACCUCAACACUGCUACCGAAGCCCCGAACCCAUCAACUUGUACCAUAAAGUUGGUCAUGGUACUCUCGACAUGUACGUACUGAAUCCGUCCAAGGACUCAAAACACGUUCGUGAAUUCCUGAAACGAUGGCACAGUAGCGAACAAAAGUUGUUCGAAGGCGCUAGUGUGUCAGGACAAUUUAACUUUCCCAUUCCUAAUCUAGUGUCGAUAUGUGCUUUACUCGUGUGGCGUCCUGCUAACCCUGAUGAUACGAUAACUAGAAUAAUGUUCCCCGGUUCUACGCCUCAACAUAAAAUAUUCGAAGGUCUCGAAAAGUUAAAACACUUGGAGAUACUUCAGCAUCCCACGUGCACCGGCCGCCAAUUAGCGACUGCCGCCGCGCCGGCACCCGCUCCUGUUGCAGCUCCCACCGCACCUACGGUAGUGUCCGCGAUCAAAACGAAACAAGUAAAAAGUAAAGAAAGAAGUAUUAUCACAGAAACGAAGCCAAAAGACGAAAAAAUACACGAAACUGAACAGACAAAAAUUAAGACAAUCAAAGAUGGUAUUGAUUCUAAAAACUUAAUUGACAAUAAAUUAUUAAAUGAAUUGGUCGAUGGCGAAGAUAAAAAAAUUGAAUCGGUUUUGCAAGAAGCAAUUGCUGCAAGAAUGGAUUCUAAAUUAGAUGACAAAUUCGCACAAUACGAAAGCACUGUUGUUGAUGGCUUACCGAAAAAGAGGGACACUAAAAAGAAAGAAAAGCCCAUAGAUAAAAAGGCUAAACGAACUGAUGAUAAUAAAGAGUCAAUAACAAAAACGGCUGAACUUAAGAAAGUGGAAACCGAAGCGAAAAUAAAACCCGAUAGUAAGAAAAAAUCGGAAUUAAAAGCAAAGCCUGAAACGCCAAGUACAGUCAUCAAAGGUAAAAUUAGUCACAGAACAACUCAAAAGAAGGUAACGUCCGCAAUAAGCGAUAAACGCACCGCUUUGGACGACAAAAAGUCUCCUCCUACCACACCGAAGAAAUCGAUUGAAUCUAAGUCAAUUACGAAUAUUAUAAGCAAAGAAAAAAUGAAAGGUAAGAGUAGACGACAAAGUCCAAUUACUACACCUGCCAAAAGUGUAAAAGAAGCCAGCAACCGUAGAGUUGUCGAAUCUAAGUACAAACAAUCAUCUCCUAAGAGAGAUAUUCCUCAAAAACCUUCCGAUAAAAAGGAAAUGAAACCGAAGCGCGAACCUAUUUCUCGACGUCCAAGGCCGCUUGGCUCUCCUAUAAAGGGUUUAAAGUCUAUGAAAAGCCCCACAAAAGCUGUCAAGGCAACUAAAAGCGAUACUGCGAAAUUGAAGGGGCUACAGAGAGUAAAUUAUGAAGAUAUAUUAAAAGACGCUAAAAAAUCAGAUGAAGAUACAUCUAAAUCACUUGACGACAUAAAACAACAAGAACUGGAUGAAAGAGAGGAACAGGAAAUUGUAAGAGAAAUAGAAGCUGUAUUUAAUAGAGAUAGCGAAGCUGAAGAAAAAAUAGAAUAUGUUGGGCGUUCAGAUAUAGAAAAGAUUACAUGCCUCAUAGACGACACAAAAACGGACGUGCCUCCUGACACUGAGUUUGAAGAGGAAUAUUUAAUAAUAGAAAAGGAAGAAGUUGAUCAAUAUACCGAAGAUUCUAUUGUAGAACAGGAGCUUAGUCCAGAAAAAGACGCAGAUCUAAUAAAGCAUAUAAAAGACAAAGAGGAAUCUGAAAAGAAAAAAGAGGAUUUAACUGGCCAAGAUAAAAUAACAUCAAAAAUAGAAACAGAGAAAAUAACUAAGGAGGAAGUUAAGCAUGAUUCAAAAGAACAUUCAGAAAGUUUAGAGGAAAAACAAGAUAUUAGCAGUGAAAAGAAGACAACAGAUAGUAAAAGCGGACUUUUGAAAGCCAAGGACUCGCUAGAUCUUAAUAUUGUACAAGAGUCACAACCAGAUGAAAAAAUUUCCACUACGGUGGAAUCAGGGGCCACCACGGCGCCUACUCUGCCUGAAGAUGAACGUAUAACAUUAGACGAAAUAAAAGAAGAUCAGCAUGUUGAAGAAAAGCAUAUUAGAGAAGAAACCAAGGAAAUACAUGUGCCCCGACCAUUUAUUGAUAGUAAACCACCAGUAUCUGAAAGAAUUCCCAUAAAGGAACCGCAACCAGGUCCUCUCCGAGACGUUGUAAAAACGCCCGAUGAAGUUGCUGACCUUCCCUUGCACGAAGAGGUAGACUACAGAACAUAUGAAGAAAAGAAAACGCCGAUUGAAGAAAAUGUGUUUAAACAAAAGACAGAUGUAGAUAUACAGAAAGACUUAAAAGUUCCUAAAGAUCUUCCAAUUAAAGACGCAUUGUCUAGAACAAUACAGGAUGAUGUUGUCAUUAAGACGAUUGAACGUCCGUCUCACCCUGAAGUUGUUACUGUGACCCCGGGCUCAGCGCCAGAGUCCCCGAUGUAUCAUGAUCAAACAAAAGUUCCAAUGAUUCCUGGAAAAGAUUUGGAACCAGUCAAGGAAUACGAUGAUAAUGAAUAUAUGUACGGCCAGUACACGGAACAGUUACGAGAAACUCAUAUUACAACCUUGGAUUCACCAAUAAAAGACGAAAUAAUAACUAUCGAUGAUACUCAAACAGUACCAGAAAAAAUACCUUCAAUACCUGAAGAUGUGGAAAAAGAAAUUGAGGAAGAACAUAAGUUAGAAACAUUGGAAAAACCUUCCCUUAGUCCUAAGGAUGUGGAGCGGAUAGUAGCUGACGUAGCACAAGUCCUUAAAUCAGAUAAAAGCCUAGAUGAACUAAUAGCAGAAAAAUCACCCAUAUUUCGAAAAUCUCCAGAAGGUUUUAAGAAAUUCGACGAUGUACAUAGUAAAGAAAUAUCUCCAAUGAGAUCACUUACAUCUGAAGAAGUUAGUGACGUAUCAGACAAAACGGUGUUGAGCGAUGAAAAGAAAAUGAAACGUGACUCAAAACUUGAUACAGAAGAAAUAAGUACUCUUAUGGAAAGUGAAGUAAGAAAACCACAACUUAAACAACAAAAACUAGAGAAUGGCGAAGUUCAAAAACAUUUGAGUGACAUCACUGAUGAGAAACAAGAAAAACGAUUGAGUAUAACAUUAGAUUCCGCUAAAACUUUAGAGAAGUUAGAGGAAAAAAUAGCAGAUUUGAAAAAGAAAGAAGAAAGCACCCAAAAAGAGCUACAAUCAAAAGAAGGUAUUGUAGAGAGAAAAGAAUCACAAGUAGUAACCACCAUCGAUUCACAUUUAAUGAGUGAAGAUAAAAAAUCAGAGUUUCUUCUCAAAGAAGUUUUUGAAGAAGAACUUUCUUCUGAGAAGGUGACUGACUUUGAUAAAAAAUCUGAAGACAGAGACAUAACCGAACAGGACAAAAAAGUUCUCUUAACACCGACAUCGUUAGAAAUCCCAUCAGAAACUGAAGAGAGGGUCAGCUCGGAAACAAGUUUAGAAUUGAAAGAAAAACCAAAAAUAUUCGAUUCACGCGACGAUCAAAAAAUGGAUGUCAGCGAAGAAAUUUUAUCAUUAAGUAAUAUCGUUUCUGACAAACUUGACGAAAAGCAAGUAGGUUUAGAAAAAGAUAGUAUUGUACAAGAAUAUUAUGAUAAAGUGAUACCUUUUGAUGGAGGUACUACUUUUGAUGAUUUAGAUGAUAUAAAGAAUUACACCGAAAAGUUACAUAUGGUUACACAAAAAUCUGUUAUGACAGAGAAGAAAAUGCUUGGGUUGGUUGAAGAUAUGGAACACGAUUACAAUGUUCGGAGUUACAAAGAAAUUUCUCAGCCUAUCAAAACUGACAAUGAAUCUUUAAAAAUAGUUCUCAAAGAUCUAAUUACAUAUGGAGAACCUGAAUGCAUUGAAACAGUUAAAGAUUGUGUAAUUACGACAAAACAUGUUACAGUGCAAAGAAAUAUUGUAACUAAGAUAAUCAAAACAAAGUACAGCAAUAAGAAUGGGUUGUUAGUAAAGUUGAAGACCUUAAAAACAACAGUCACUAAAGACCAACAACCGGAUGGAUCUUAUAAAACUAAUGUUGAAACUGAUAUAUAUAUCUCCGAUAUUAUUUCUGUGACAGAUAAAGUCGAGAGAACUCCUAUAAAUGAAUUAUGUGAAAGUAUUAUAGACGAUGUGAUAUCAUCUAUAACUCAUACAGAUGGUGCUAGUCGAAUAAUAAACGAAAAAGAGGCGGAGAAUUUACGAAAAGAACUUGUUCAGAUUAGUGAACCUGAAGAAUACGAAAUAAGUGGUAUUAAAACAAUUACUAAAAAUAAUAUAACGAUUUACCGAACUAUUAUGACUAAAAUAACAAAAACUAUGUAUUACCAUGAAAAAGUUGCUACUUUUAAAGUUAUGAUAACUACGUCAACUACAGUCAUCGAUAAAACUCCAGAGGGCUCGACAAGUUCAAAACACGAACAAAGUAUAGCAAUAGCAGAUAUAAAUAAAGAAUUAGAGGAACUUAAAGGUAUUCUAAUACAGAACAACGAAAAUAGAAAAUAUGAAAGUUUUCUACCAAUAGACGAACCACAGGUAUCAGAAACUAAAGAAAUGACCUUUGUUACAAAAAAUACAAUAACAAUAAGGCAAAAAAUAAUAACAACGACGGUGAAACAAGCAUUUAUGCAUAUGAGUCAAAAAGUCUUCAAGUGGACGAUAACAGAAGUCAAAACUGAUGAAUAUCCAAAUGGCUCGGCAGUAACAAAACGAAGACAGCACAUUUCUUACCUUCAAACAUCUACCGAAGAAAGAAAAAUACAAACAUCAAUAAGUCCACAAACUAAAAAACUUAAAGAACCUACAAAAACUGAGGUAUAUGAGAAAAAAGAAAGCCCUGUAGAUAAGAUGAACAAGCUUGAACCACCAGUUUCUACUGCAACUGAUCAAAAACAAAGUAUUAACGAACUGAUUAAAAAUAAAAUAGCAAGCAAUCUUGACAUAGCUACAACGGUUGGAAAACCAAUUCUAAGUGCGGUUGAUGAAGUACCGGCUGUUGACAAACUUGAAAAAUAUCAAACGACAAGUCCUGUUGAUAAGAUAGAAAAGGUUGAAAUACCAGUUCUGACAGCAGUUGAUAAAAAACCAACUGUUGGCAAACUUGAGAAAGACAAAACGCCAAGCCCUGUUGAUAAAAUGGACAAGGCUGAAAUACCAGUUCCAACUGUAGUCGACGAAAAACCGACUGUUGACAAACUUGAGAAAGAUAAAACGCCAAGCCCUGUUGAUAAGAUGGACAGGGUUGAAAUACCAGAUCUGACAGCAGUUGGUGAAAAACCAACUGUUGGCAAUCUUGAGAAAGACAAAACGCCAAGCCCUGUUGAUAAAAUGGACAAGGCUGAAUUACCAGUUCCAACUGUAGUCGACGAAAAACCGCCUGUUGACAAACUUGAGAAAGAAAAAACGCCAAGCCCUGUUGAUAAAAUGGACAAGGUGGAAAAACCGAUUCAGACUGCAAUUGAUGAAAUACCAACUGUUGACAUACUUGAGAAAGAUAAAACGCCAAGCCCAGUUGAUAAGAUGGACAGGGUUGAAAUAUCAGGUCUGACAGCAGUUGAUAAAAAACCAACUGAUGACAAACUUGAGAAAGAGAAAACGCCUAGCCCUGUUGAUAAGAUGGACAAGGCUGAAAUACCAGUUCCAACUGCAGUUGAUGAAAUACGAACUGUUGACAAACUUGAGGAAGACAAAACGCCAAGCCCAGUUGAUAAGAUGGACAGGGUUGAAAUACUCGAUCUGACAGCGGUUGAUGAAAAACCAACUGUUAGCAAACUAGAGGAAGACAAAACGCCAAGCCCUGUCGAUAAAAUGGACAAGGCUGAAAUACCAGUUACCACUGUAGUCGACGAAAAACCGACUGUUGACAAACUUGAGAAAGAUAAAACGCCAAGCCCUGCUGAUAAAAUGGACAAGGUGGAAAAACCGAUUCAGACUGCAGUUGAUGAAAUACCAACUGUUGACAUACUUGAGAAAGAUAAAACGCCAAGCCCAGUUGAUAAGAUCGACAGGGUUGAAAUACCAGGUCUGACAGCAGUUGAUAAAAAACCAACUGAUGACAAACUUGAGAAAGAGAAAACGCCUAGCCCUGUUGAUAAGAUGGACAAGGUGGAAAAACCAGAUCUGACAGCAGUUGAUGAAAAACCAACUGUUGGCAAACUUGAGAAAGACAAAACGCCAAGCCCGGUUGAUAAAAUGGACAAGACUGAAAUACCAGUUCCAACUGUAGUCGACGAAAAACCGACUGUUGACAAACUUGAAAAAGAUAAAACGCCAAGCCCUGUUGAUAAAAUGGACAAGGUGGAAAAACCGAUUCAGACUGCAGUUGAUGAAAUACCAACUGUUGACAAACUUGAGAAAGAUAAAACGCCAAGCCCUGUUGAUAAAAUGGACAAGGCUGAAAUACCAGUUCCAACUGCAGUUGAUGAAAUACCAACUGUUGACAAACUUGAGGAAGACAAAACGCCAAGCCCUGUUGAUAAGAUGGACAAGGCUGAAAUACCAGUUGCAACUGUAGUCGACGAAAAACCGGCUGUUGACAAACUUGAGAAAGAGAAAACGCCAAGCCCUGAUGAUAAGAUGGACAAGGAUGAAAAACCAGUUCUUACUGCAGUCGACGAACAACCGACUGUUGACAAACUUGAGAAAGACAAAACGCCUAGCCCUAUUGGUAAGAUGGACAAGGAUGAAAAACCAGUUCUGACUGCAGUCGAUGAAAAACCACCUGUUGACAAACUUGAGAAAGAGAAAACACCUAGCCCUUCUGAUAAGAUGGACAAGGCUGAAAUACCAGUUCCAACUGUAGUCGACGAGAAACCGAGUAUUGAGAAACUUGAGAAAGAGCAAACGCCAAGCCCUGAUGAUAAGACGGACAAGCCUGAAAUACCAGUUCCGACUGUAGUCGACGAAAAACCAAGUGUUGACAAACUUGAGAAAGAGAAAACGCCAAGCCCUGAUGAUAAGAUGGACAAGGCUGAAAUACCAAUUCUGACUGCAGUCGAUGAAAAACCACCUGUUGACAAACUUGAGAAAGAGAAAACGCCUAGCCCUGAUGAUAAGAUGGAUAAGGCUGACAUACCAAUUCUAACUUCAGUGGAUGAAAAACCAACUGUUGACAAACUUGAGAAAGAGAAAGCACCAAGCCCUGUUGAUAAGAUGGACAAGGCUGAAAUACCAGUUGCAACUGUAGUCGACGAAAAACCGGAUGUUGACAAACUUGAGAAAGAGAAAACGCCAAGCCCUGAUGAUAAGAUGGACAAGGAUGAAAAACCAGUUCUUACUGCAGUUGAUGAAAAACCAACUGACGACAAACUUGAGAAAGACAAAACGCUACGCCCUGUUGAUAAGAUGGACAAGGUGGAAAAACCAGUUCUGACUAAAUUCGAUGAAAAACCAACUGUUGACAAACUUGAGAAAGAGAAAACGCCUAGCCCUGUUGAAAAGAUGGAUAAAGCUGAAAUACCAAUUCUGACUGCAGUCGAUGAAAAACCACCUGUUGACAAACUUGAGAAAGAGAAAACGCCAAGCCCUGAUGGUAAGAUGGACAAGGUGGAAAAACUAAUUGUGACUGCAGUCGAUGAAAAACCAACUGUUGACAAACUUGAGAAAGAGAAAACGCCUAGCCCUGUUGAUAAGAUGGACAAGGUUGAAAUAUCGAUUGUUGACAAACUUGAGAUAGAGAAAACGCCUAGCCCUGUUGAUAAGAUGGUCAAGGUGGAAAAACCAGUUCUGACUGCAGUCGAUGAAAAACCAACUGUUGACAUACUUGAGAAAGACAAAACGCCACGCCCUGUUGAUACGAUGGACAAGGUUGAAAAACAAGUUUUUACUGCAGUUGAUGAAAAACCAACUGUUUACAAACUUGACAAAGAGAAAACGCCUAGCCCUGAUGAUAAGAUGGACAAGCCUGAAAUAACAAUUCUGACUGCAGUCGAUGAAAAACCACCUGUUGACAAACUUGAGAAAGAGAAAACGCCAAGCCCUGAUGAUAAGAUGGACAAGGAUGAAAAACCAGUUCAAACUGCAGGCGAUGAAAAACCAACUGUUGACAAACUUGAGAAAGAGAAAACGCCUAGCCCUGUUGAUAAGAUGGACAAGGCUGAAAUACCAAUUCUGACUGCAGUCGAUGAAAAACCACCUGUUGACAAACUUGAGAAAGAGAAAACGCCAAGACCUGAUGAUAAGAUGGACAAGGAUGAAAAGCCAGUUCAAACUGCAGUCGAUGAAAAACCAACUGUUGAAAAACUUGAGAAAGAGAAAACGCCUAGCCCUGUUGAUAAGACGGACAAGGCUGAAAAACCAGUUCAAAUUGCAGUUGAUGAAAAACCACCUGUUGGCAAACUUGAGAAAGAGAAAACGCCUAGCCCUGAUGAUAAGAUGGACAAGGCUGAAAUACCAAUCCUGACUGCAGUCGACGAAAAACCGGCUGUUGACAAACUUGAGAAAGAGAAAACGCCAAGCCCUGUUGAAAAGAUGGACAAGGAUGAAAAACCAGUUCUUACUGCAAUCGAUGAAAAACCAACUGUUGAUAAACUUGAGAAAGAGAAAACGCCAAUCCCUGAUGAUAAGAUGGACAAGGCUGAAAAACCGAUUGUUGACAAACUUAAGAAAGAGCAAACGCCAAGCCCCGAUGAUAAGACGGACAAGCCUGAAAUACCAGUUCCGACUGUAGUCGACGAAAAACCGAGUGUUGACAAACUUGAGAAAGAGAAAACGCCAAGCCCUGAUGAUAAGAUGGACAAGGCUGAAAUACCGACUGUAGACAAACUUGAGAAAGAUAAAACCCCAAGCCCUGUUGAUAAGAUGGACAAAGCUGAAAUACCGACAGUAGACAAACUAGAGAAAGCGAAAACGCCUAGCCCUGGUGAUAAGAUGGACAAAGCUGAAAUUACGGCUGUAGACAAACUUGAGAAAGAGAAAACGCCUAGCCCUGUUGAUAAGCUGGACAAGGUUGAAAUACCGACUGUAGACAAACCAGAGAAAGAGAAAACGCCUAGCCCUGGUGAUAAGAUGGACAAGGUUGAAAUACCACUUCUGACCGCUGUCGAUGAAAAAUCAAUUGUUGACAAACUUGAUAAAGAGAAAACGCCAAGCCCUGUUGAUAAGAUGGACAAAGCUGAAAUACCGACAGUAGACAAACUAGAGAAAGCGAAAACGCCUAGGGCUGGUGAUAAGAUGGACAAAGCUGAAAUACCGGCUGUAGACAAACUUGAGAAAGAGAAAACGCCUAGCCCUGUUGAUAAGCUGGACAAGGUUGAAAUACCGACUGUAGACAAACUAGAGAAAGAGAAAACGCCUAGCCCUGUUGAUAAGCUGGACAAGGUUGAAAUACCGGCUGUAGACAAACUUGAGGAAGUGAAAACGCCUAGCCCUGUUGAUAAGAUGGACAAGGUUGAAAUACCACAUCUGACUGCUGUCGAUGAAAAAUCAACUGUUGACAAACUUGAUAAAGAGAAAACGCCAAGCCCUGUUGAUAAGAUGGACAAGGUUGAAAUACACGAUCAAGAUGAAGUUGAUGAAAAACCGAUUAUUGACAAACUUGAGAAAGAGAAAACUCCUAGCCCUGUUGAUAAGCUGGACAAGGUUGAAAUACCGACUGUAGACAAACUUGAGAGAGAUAAAACGCCAAGCCCUGAUGAUAGGAUGGACAAGGCUGAAUUACCAGUUUUAACUGAGGUUGAAGAAAAACCAACUGUUGACAAAAUCGAGAAAGAGAAAACGCCAAGCCCUGUUGAUGAGAUGGACAAGGUUGAAAGACAAGUUCAAGAGGAGGUCUAUGAAAAACCGAUUAUUGACAAACUUGAGAAAGACAAAUCGCUUAGCCCUGUUGAUAAGAUGGAUAAAUUAGAAAAAGCAAUCCCAACUUUUGUUGAUGACACUUUGGCGAUAGACAAAACACCAAGCCCCGCCGAUACGCUAAAAUCAGUGAAAGAAGUUGAAGUUUCAGAACAAAUUCUUACUUUCAGAACAAAAGGUGAAGAAAUUAAUGUGCCUUCAGAAAAGUCACAUCAAAUUGUAGAAACUAAAGAUAAUUUAUUAACACAUAAAGAGCAAACCGAGAAGGUUACAGAAGAAAGAAAAACCUUGCCUACCGAAGCCGUGGAGAAAUUAGAAAAAACAGUCGAUAAUGCAUUAAUGACUACUAAAGACAUAACUAGUACCACAGUUUACCUUAAUGGCCACUUCCAGUCACCUAAAUUAGAUUCGAAGGAUGAGACAGAAGACACAUUUAUGUUAGAAAAAAGUUUGGACUCUUUGAGUCCUGAACUUGAAACUUCACCAACGAAAGAUGAAAUUUCACGCAAGGAUCAUGUUAUUAAAUCGACAUUCGCUAAGCAAAUUAAAGAAUCUGAAGAAAUGAUAACAAAAGAAAGAAGUUUCUAUUCAGAUUAUGACAUUGGAUUCCAAAGUAUGAAAGACAGUGAUGACAAAUUGAGUUCUUUGUCUACUAUUGACAGUGGAAUUAUUGAUAAGGACAGCUUUACCCAUACCUUAAAGCACGGCGUUAGUUCUGAGGAUAUUUCAAAGGAAGUCAGUAUUGAAGAAAAAUACAGCUUUGAAAGUUCAGAAAAAUCAGAGAAAAGGCAGGUAUUAGACAGAUCAUUGAAGACGACUAGUGGUUAUAAAGUAAUUACUAGUGAAUUUAGUAGCUAUAGUGAUUCAUAUCAAUCUACGAGCAGUCAACACACAAGUUUCGUCGAUAGUACUAAAGAAGGGCCACUAUCAGACGUGAAAAUUCCAAUAUCUCAAUUAGAACAUGAACAGUUAAAUAUCGAUUCUAAAGAGCAUGGUAUCGAUACCUUUGAACAAAUGAAAGAUAAAUCAAUUGAUGAAAGAUCUAAACAGCCUGCUGAUUCCCAUCUUGUUAAAACUAUUCAAGCAGCAUUCCAAGACGAAGGCAUACAACAGGGAAUUAAAACAGAAGAAAUUGAAUAUGUUAGUUCAAAAGUUGAUAGAGUUUCAACUCCACCUACCGUACCAGUUAGUCCCCUACCCAAAAUACCAUUACAAGACCUAAAAUUGACUGAUGGUGUUCAAAGCGAAGUCAAAUAUGAUAAAUUACAGGGAUCUGAAGAAACCAUAACCAAAAUUGUUCACGUAGGCGAAGAUGUUUUGACACAAAAAAUAUCAACGUCAACUGAAAAAGUACCAAAACCAUUUAAAAGCGAUAAAGAGGAUGAAGAUACAUUAUCUUUAAUGCAAACCAUGGGUAAAAUAAAAACAGAAACUGACACUGUUACUAAAAUAAUUAAAGACGGCGAAAAUGUAGUGACCCAAACUAUUACAACCGUAACGACUAAAGAAAUAAUUUCUAGAGAAGAUGGCACACCACAAAACGUGAAAACUACUAUUGAGACUACUACUCUGAGUAAAAGUUCAGAUGGAUCAAUGACGACUACCACAGACACUCAAACAUUACUUUCAGAAUGUUCUUCUAGUCUCCGAUCGACUUCACAGAUGGAUUUGUACGAUCAAGAAAAAAAACUAGAUAAGGAACUUGAGCACAGUGAUGAAAAGUCUGAGUCAGUAUAUAGCUAUCAGACGCAAGAAAGUUACAGUGAAAAAGGGUGGUCAGAAAAAGAUAAAUCACAUUUUAUCAAAGAAGACGAUGAGGCCGACAGUAGCAUUGAAGCUGUAGUAAUAGAUACUGAUGUUAGCAAAAAAAUUAUUAAGGAAAAUAACUUAGAUAUCAUAGAAAAUAUUACUACCACAACAAAGAAAGAAACCAUACGAAUUGAUGAUGAUAGAAAACUAAUUAAAACCACAGUGGAAACAAUCACAACUAAAGAAUAUCCAGAUGGUUAUAAAGACGUGCAGAAAAAUGUUGAAGUGAAAACAGAAGAGGUUACUGUCGAGUCAAGUCGUAACAUAGAUAAAUUGCUUAGUGAUUUUUCACUGUUAGAAGAACCCGAAGAAGAUAUUUCCACUAAUACGGAAACAGUGACAUGUGACGGUAUUGUUAUAAAACGAACAAUUACAAAAAGUACACUAAAAUCAACCUAUGUUGACAAUCAAAGUAUUCCAAGGAAGCUAAAGACUGUUAAAACAGUUACGACAACAGAUGAAUAUCCCGAUGGAUCUACGCAAACAAAGGUGGAUUCUAGCACAUCUCUAGAAGAUAUAGAGAUGGAACAUGUUGAAGAAACCUUAGAUCUCUCAGAAUAUACGAUAGAAGAGGACACAAAUGUUGAUGUACAACGAGAAGAAAAGGAAGUGAUUCUUAAUGGUCAAAAUGUUUUGCAAACUAUCACAACAGUCACCUCGAAAAAAGUCUUAAGUACGCCAGAUAAAGCAAAGAAAAAAAUGAAGACUAUUAUUGAGACCACCACAGAGUCUAUGCUACCAGAAGGAAUAACUGAAGUUACAAAAGAUGUAAAUAUACAUGUUUCGGAUUACAAUAAUGAACCAUUAGAUGACAUUUCAGGCGGGUAUGUACAAUUUGGAGAACCUCUCGUAGAUACAAAAACUGAAAAACAAACAAUAACCGACUCAGGCAUAACAAUAAAUAGGACAAUUACUGUUAUAACAACUACCCGAAAUUAUAAAAAUAUUUCUAAAAGGAUUACAAGAACAAAUAAAACUGUAAAAACUAUAACAGAAGAUGAGUAUCCAGAUGGAUCGGUGAUAUCUAAAACCAGUGAAAUGGUUUCGAUAAUAGAUCAAAAUUUGGAUGUCGACGGUAGUAAUUUAGGAGAAUAUGACAAUUUCCAAAAGAAUGUCGACGAAAUACUAAAAUCUCACAUACCACCUGGUGAACCAGAAGAAACAGAAACAGUGGAAAAAGAGGAUAUAACAGAAAAUGGUGUAAAAAUAAAACGAACGAUACGUACAAAAAUUAUUAAAAAUAGUUUUUCGGAUGUCCAAGGAAUUAUAUUCCGACAAAGAAUAAUAAAAGUAGUUACAACAUCAGACGAGUUUCCAGACGGGUCAUCUCGAACUUCUGUAGAUGUAACUUCAUCUGUAUCAGAAAUUGAUUCAAAUGGAGAAAUGCAGACGGAUGCACCUGUAGAAGAGACAAAGAAGAAUAUUACAAUAGAAAACAGAAAAAAUGUGAUUAUUAAAGAUGGGGUACAAAUUAACCAAGUCAUCACAACAACCACUACAAAAGAAUUAAUAACGACUGAAGAUUUAAAGGAAAAAAUUAAAACAACAGUUGAGACUGUCACUGAGUCCACAUCACCAAACGGAGCUGUUGAGGUUAUUAAAGAUGUUAAAGUAUCUAUAACUGAUUACGAAGAAGAUACACUUGAAGAAACUUUAAAGGAAUUUAUUGAAAUAGGCAAACCUGUAAUCACACAAAGUUCUGAUUUGCAAGAUAUUGAUGAAAAUGGUAUCACUAUAUCUAGAAAAACAACAAUAACAACGACAAAGCAAGAAUAUGAAAGAACUUCAACAAGAACAAGAAAAGUUAAAAUUAUUGUCGAAACUGUUAUAGAAGACGAAUACCCAGAUGGAACAGUUGUAACAAAAAGAAGUGAGAAAACAUCAAUUACUGAUGUUUUACCAACAAUGACAACUGAAUCACUGGAAGAAGAAGAUGCUCCAGAAUAUCAAAUUGAUGAUACAGAAAUAGUGGUCGACACUAAUGAUGAAUGGGAUAUUAAGAAAGAAACUAUCCUACAAGGCUCGAUAACAGUUAAACGGACUAUCACUACCCAAACAAAACGAGAAACUUUAGCUAGUGACGACCAAAAUAUUAAACGUGUACGAACUACGGUUGAGACGACUACUGUAGAUGAAUAUCCCGAUGGUACAGUCGAAACCACGAAAGAUGUUAAAAUUACAAUAUCCGAAUAUCAAAAAACAACUGACAGCGACCUACAGGCCGCUCUUAGAGGAUUGACUUCCACUGGAAAAAUCAAAACGUCAGUUGACAAACAAUCGAACCAAAUUUUAACAGAAAACAAUGAAAGCAUAACUCAAAACAUAACAACCUACACCACAAAAGAAGAAUUUAAGAAUAACGAAACAAGUGAGAUUGCUGUGAAAACCGUAACUGAAACGGUCACUGAAAACGUUCAUAAAGAUGGUACAAUUGAAACUACAAAAGAUGUUAGAACUCAAAUCACAUAUCUGCCGCCCGGCACUACUCUCGAUGAUUGGUCACCAGAAGAUUUAGAAAAAAUUUCUUGCACACAAAAGACAUCACUAGAAGAUAAGCCGAAAAUUGAUGACUUAAACCUUGAAAACAAACAUGGAAUAAACACAGUGGAAAAGCCAAAGAAACAACGUUCUCCCGUAGGCGAAAUAACAACGGACACUGAGACUUUUACGAAAGUUAUAAAAGAAGGCGAUAACGAAAUAACUCAGACCAUCACUGUUGUAACGACAAAAGAAGUCAUCACUCCUGAAAAAAUUAAGAUCACUGUUGAAACCACUACUGUCAGUAAAGGAAACGAUGGCGUUGUCAAAACUACAAAGUCGACAAAAACAACAAUAUCCGAAAUUAAAGAAGAGUAUGAAGAAAUUAUUGAUACGGGCGAGAGUGAAAAAUCCUUUUCUAAACUUUCAUCAAAAACAGGAGAAAUGCGUAGUUCCUCAGCUGCCAGCGAUGACCUAGACCAUCCUGGAAUUUCAACGCCGCCCUCGGAUAUAAGUUCCAGAGGUUCCAGGGCAGCGACGCAUGUAUGGGGUACCGAAAGCAGUGGCAUGUACUAUAGUGACGACGAUGGCCAAAUGAGUCCUAGUAGUACAAAAUCUCAAAUCGCACACUCACCGCGAUCAAACGUAAGCUUUGAACUAGAUCCAAAAUUACAGCUAUCGGAGACUUGUCAAGAUUUGCCAGAGGACAAGUCUGAAUUUGAGUCCAUGACAUAUAGAGAAUCGUCACCAUCCGUGCAUUUAAGUCACAUUGGUGAUACUGAUUCUUGUACAUCCUCCACGCAUUCCGAAGUGAAGUCUGAAGUUCAAGUUACUGAUAAAAUCGGCAAAACGUCGGAGAAAAAGGUAGAUGAUAAAAAACAAUCAUUUAAGUCUGAUAUCACAUUCCUUAAAGAAGCCGAUGAACAUUUCGAAAAGGCCAUAGAAGAACAUAAAAAAGUCAGUGGAUCUGAUGUCAUUUCAAGUAUCACCGCUAAAUAUGAAUUGGGCCAACAAAGUCAAUCAAGCAUGAGUCAGCAACUAUCAACAAAAGAAGAAAGUAAAAUUACAUUAAAGGACCUCAAAACAGAAUCAAAGAAAUCGUCCGAGACAACUUCUUUCAGUACCUCAAGACAAGAAUCAAAAUCUAAAACUCAAAGUCAAAGCGUAGAAAAAGAUCCUAUCGAAUCUUGGGGGAAGCCUUUAGGUCUACCUAGUCCUAUUCAACCACCCACAUCACAAGGGGAUGGCAAAAGCACACCGAAAAAGCAAGGUCCCAGUUCAAACGUUCAAAUCAAGAACAAGUUGAACCAAGAGAAAAGUAAAGAUAUGAAAAACAGAGCAUCAGAGUCUCCCAGCAAAAAGAAAUCUCCGAGCCCGGUGUACAUGGAGCUUACGUAUGUCCCUCACCACGGCAACUCCUACUACUCCGCGGUUGAAUUCUUUAAGCGCGUCAGAGCACGGUACUACGUCUUCUCGGGCACCGAGCCUUCGAAAGAUAUUUACAACGCUCUUCUCGACGCAAAAAAGACUUGGGAAGAUAAAGAUUUAGAAGUGACUAUCAUUCCUACAUACGACACGGACGUGCUGGGCUACUGGGUUACAGAGAACGAGGAGGCGUUGGAGAGGUAUAAGAUCGAUCUGUCGCCGUCGGCCUCGCGCUGCACCAUCAACCUGCAGGACCACGAGACCUCCUGCGCCGCCUACAGACUAGAGUUCUAAAUGUCGGGACUAUUUGUGGCAUUCUCAGCGAACCAGUGAGCCGCCGAUGUACGCAUGCUUUUGAAUGAUGGAACCAAAGAGUAAUUAAUUGUCGUAGGAAAUAAAAGGGCUGUGAUAAAAAGAGGCAUUCAAAAGCAUUCGCAUUAAUCGAUUCGAGCCACUCGUUCGCAUGAGGUCGCUUACAAAUAGAUGUAAUAUACUUUGUGAUAUUAUAAUGCAAACAACAGACUGUUAAGGAGUUUGAUAAAUUAAGAGUAAGAACAUAAACGAUUAACAUUUGUACGAGCUGCAAGCCUCUAGCUGCUAGCUGUGAGCUGCAGCGACCACGGACAAGCGAAUCUUAAACGGCCAAGUCCUCCCCAACAAUAUAUAUCAAUAACCAAGUAUUCGACCUAAGAACAGAGACGUCCAUUUUUUUCUAAAGAUACCGUUUUCUAAUAACGUCAUAAAUAUUAACAUGCCAUUUAAAAUAUAUUUCUGAGUAUUUUUUAAAUUUGGUCUUAUACAAUAUGUAGAGCUUUUAUACAUGAUAUUUAGCGUAACCAGUCCAUUUUGUUUAGCCAAAACACCGCUUAUCUAAAUGUCUAAAUUUUUGAAAAUUAUUUUGCUAACGCAUAAAUUCUACAUAGAGGAUAUUGUAUAAAAAGUAUUUAAUAUACGAUUGUUUUUUAAUUGAGCGCUUUAUGAAAAGGACGUAACGAUUUGUGCCGCUCCUGCGAGCUGCAACGCCCUAGAGGGGGCACCACCAUCAACUAUUCAACAACUUUUCUACAAUUAAAAUUUUAAAUAAAUAUAAAUGUAUGUCUUAUAAAGGCGUACUUAAACAUGUCGUUUGUCGAUGUCGACGCACUCUUUAUAUUAAUGUUUCUUAGAACCAAGAUAACUAAAGGAAUCUAGAAUGGCAAAGAUAACUUCCUCAUAUUGAAUUAAGUACAGUUAGGUUUAAUGAUUACGAAGUGAGAUUCGUUUCCCAGUUACUUUACAAUCCGAGCUUCCCUGCCAUUUUUGUAGAUAUAAUAGGUGAAGUGAGAGGCCGCCGCGUCCGAGAUUAAAGGUAGUGACUGCUCGGGAGCCGCGGGUGCCUAGGACGGGUCUCACUGGGAGCAGCCUGCACUCCCAGUCUGGGAUCCUUACCCGACACACGCGGCUGCGGGCGGACGCCGCGGCCCUCGCCCCGCACAGAAGUCAUCUGUGUCCUUCUAGACUUACGACGAGCCUAAAUCGAUAGAGAGCUUAAUCCAUAUAAAAUGUUUUAUUAGAACUAUUUAUUAUUACCAAAUGAACAAUCUAUUUACCUUUGUUUUAGUUGAGGUCUGCUUGUUGCCUAUCGUCCCGAGAGAGUCGCGAAGGAUGUUAUUUGGACUGGCGCCGAGAGGCGAGCGAUCAGUCUAUGGUUAUUGAAUCUCUGUUGUUACUUUUACGUUGGUCGCGUGGAUAUUUCGCUCCGUUAACGCGUUGUUUAUAAACAAAUUUCUAGUCGUUUCGACGUAUACUGAUGUACUGAUAUUAUUUCGUUCCUAUAUCCGAUUACGGUGUGACUUUCUUUAACCUUUUUCAAAGGAAUUUUAAAAUAAAUUUUGCUGUAAUAAUACAAUGAUGUUCUCAAUUAGAUAUUUUCCUCCGGUGUUUGAGUUAGAGUGAGGUGAGUGCGUGACUUCAUCGCCACCUAGCCUAGUGCGGCCAUUCAGUUCUACUCCGAGUCAAGUUGAGGUUAUAAGUCAAUUAAUUUUAAGUCAUCCAUAACAUAAAGCGGACAUGCCGCCAUCCUCGCUUUCUCAGCCAGCCUCUUCUAUCUAUAGAUAAAAA